GUGAGCCUCGGGCCAAGACGAGGUGAAGCGGCGCAACCGCGCAAGCAAGCGAACACGGCGACACACCGCGAACGAGCUACUCCUAGAUAAUUAUCGUCGUCGUCUAUCCGCCUCCCGAUUUGCCCAGCCUCGCAGGUGUGUGUAAGCAGCGAGGGCGACCGACCAUGGGGAGCGCGGGGGCGCUGCUCUCGCACUCGCCGCCGGGGCUCGGCGGGGUCCCGCUCCGCCGCCGCCACCACCUCCUCCGCUGCGUGCCGCUCCUCCCCUCCGCGGCGCCCGAGCCCCUCCGCCGCCGCCGCCACGGGCGGCACCUUCGCUGCUCCGCCGUCGACGGGGGAGCCGGCCGGGAGACGGAGCGUUCCUCGCCGCCGCCGGCGCCUCGGAGGGAGGAGUCGCCGUCGGGCAGCCUCGGCGCCGCCCUCGAGGACCCGUCUCCUCCUCAAUCUGUCCAAAAUGGAACUUUUGGAGGUAUCACAGAGGAGGAAGAACAGAGUAGUCUGUACAAUUUUCUUUAUCCAAGCAAAGAACUACUUCCUGAUGAUAAGGAGAUGAGUAUAUUUGAUCAUCUAGAGGAACUUCGUGACAGGAUAUUUGUCUCAGUAUUGGCUGUUGGUGCUGCGAUACUUGCUUGUUUUGCAUACUCCAAAGAUCUUAUUAGGAUUCUGGAAGCACCGGUUAGUGUUCAGGGUGUUCGGUUUCUGCAGCUCUCUCCUGGAGAAUUUUUCUUUACGACAUUGAAGGUCUCCGGUUAUUGUGGCCUUCUACUUGGGAGUCCUGUUAUCUUGUAUGAGAUAAUAGCGUUUGUUCUUCCAGGUUUAACAAGGGAUGAGCGUAGAUUCCUUGGGCCUAUUGUGUUGGGCUCUUCUGUGCUAUUCUACCUUGGCAUUUUCUUCUCCUACACAGUUCUUGCUCCUGCAGCAUUGAACUUCUUCGUGAACUAUGCAGAAGGGGCAGUGGAAUCAUUAUGGUCAAUUGAUCAGUAUUUUGAGUUUGUGCUUGUACUUUUAUUCAGCACUGGAUUAUCUUUUCAGGUCCCUGUUAUCCAGCUACUGCUGGGUCAAGUCGGAUUGGUUUCUAGCGACCAAAUGCUUUCCAUCUGGAGAUAUGUUGUUGUUGGCGCCGUAGUUGCAGCUGCAGUGCUCACACCAUCGACGGAUCCGUUGACUCAGAUGCUCUUAGCUGGUCCGCUGCUUGGUCUUUACUUGGGUGGUGCUUGGAUGGUCAAGCUAACUGGUCGAUAAUUGUUACUACCGUACUAGUGUUUCGGUGGUCGAAUAUUGAGCGACUAUUAGCAUUAUAGUCAUGGCGGUGGUUCUUGACAAAUUGCAGUCUCCAUUGUAACAUAGUUUGUAUAAAAUUAAGUCACUCCCUUUGCUCAUAAAAAAAAAAUUCUCAUAUUGGUUUUGCCUAUUCCUUUUGCUCUCCAUGCUCCUGAAUCCUGAACCCUAUGACGAAGAGCUUGAAGUUGUUACUUGUCCGUCCUCUCACGAAGAGCUUGAAGUUGUUGUAAGCCUUCGGAUU